CUACUCCUCUCUCGUCCCUAGUUCCCCAUUAUCUGCAGUAAAAUUUAACGCAGGUACCCCAACACAGAAUACAUGGCGGUAGCCUGCGGAGGAGGCUAACUCCGAUCGAGCUCAAACUUUACACGGUCACUAACUAAAACCCAUAAAGCAACAUAUCAAAGUUUUGUCAAGAUUUAUUAGAAACAUACGUUAUAUUUGAACCUUAGCAGAGUGAUCACAUAAAUUUACAGUAAAUCGCAUUAAAGAAAAUUUCUUGAGCUGCCUAUGGAAUGCCGAUUAAAAAUAAUUAUCCUAAAUAAUUAUGCAUUCAUAGCGUGACAUCAUUUCAAGGAAGUAAGGUCACACUCAUUUCCAAGAAUCGGCUAACAAUAGACUUACAAAGAAUAUUAUUCUGACAACACCCUCAACUCGUCUCGUAUCAACUCCUGAAGACAUGGAAUCGUUUGUUGAAGAUCUUAAGAAAGAACUCCAAUGUUCCCUGUGUAAUGAUACUUUCACUGAACCAAAGAUCUUGUCGUGUUUCCACACAUUUUGUAAGCCUUGCGUCAAACGACACGCCGAACAAGUCGACCAAAUCAACAUCUUCAAGUGUCCUCGAUGCAAAUCAAAGACUUCUCUAACAGAAUUAAGCAGCGUCGAAGAUCUACAGCCAAGUCUACUACAUUCCCGAAUGUUGAAGGGUCUGGCGUUGGUAGAAGGAGAAAAGGCUUGUUCUGUUUCUGAAAGUCAUUUGUCAGCUUCUUGGUAUUGUUUUGACUGUGAUCGCUCGAUGUGUGAUGAAUGCGAGAAGAACCAUUCAGUGUUUACAAAACAUCACAAGGUCGUUCGUCUGGCUGAUUUGAAGAAAGAAGAUAUUGAAUUCGUAUUAACAAUAGAAAAUCCUUGUACAAGUCACCCUCAUCACAGGCUAGAGUUCUUCUGCGAAGAUUGUGAUGCAAUGAUUUGCGUGACAUGCUUGAAACACGAUCACAGGAAACAUGAGACAAUGUCAUUGGACAAAUUUGCUUCGAUCAAGAAAGCUGUAUUGUCAAAGCAUCUGCAGGUACUAGAGCAGUUGAGAUUAGAUGACAAGGAAAAGCAACAACAAGAAAAGAUUGCUAACACAAUCAAACAACAAGGAGAAAAAGCUAAAAAGGAAGUCAAAGACAAAACCAAGAAGAUCAUUCAAAUACUACAAAACAACGAACGAGAAUUGCUGAGAAAAAUCGAUGAGGAGUUGAGCAGCAGUAAGGGGGACUCGCGAUCGAUGCCAAAGAUUUAGGGG